AUGGGGAUACACGGACUUGCCAAACUCAUUGCCGACCACGCUCCGAGUGCCAUUAAAGAGCAAGACAUCAAAAAUUACUUUGGCCGAAAAAUCGCUAUUGAUGCCUCUAUGUGCAUUUACCAGUUCCUGAUAGCUGUGCGGCAGGAUGGCAACGUGCUGCAGAAUGAGGAUGGAGAGACGACUAGCCACCUCAUGGGAAUGUUCUACAGGACCAUUCGCAUGCUCGAAAAUGGCAUUAAACCCGUUUACGUGUUUGAUGGCAAGCCCCCGCAGCUCAAGUCGGGAGAGCUGGAAAAGAGAGGGGAAAGAAGAGCAGAAGCUGAGAAACUGCUCGCGCAAGCCCAGGAACUGGGUACACAAGAAAACAUCGACAAACUCACUAAGCGCCUGGUUAAAGUCACCAGGCAGCAUAAUGAUGAAUGCAAGAAGCUGCUUACUCUGAUGGGAGUGCCUUAUAUUGAGGCACCGUGUGAAGCUGAGGCCAGCUGCGCCGCUCUGGUCAAAGCGGGGAAGGUCUAUGCCACGGCAACAGAGGACAUGGACGGGCUGACUUUCGGAACAAACGUCCUGUUAAGACACCUCACGGCCAGCGAAGCAAAGAAGCUUCCAGUCCAAGAGUUCCACUUCAGUCGCAUUCUGCAGGACAUUAACCUGACAAAUGAACAGUUCAUAGACCUGUGUAUUCUGCUGGGAUGCGACUACUGUGGUACCAUCAAGGGGAUCGGUCCCAAGAGAGCCAUCGACCUGAUUAAGCAACACGGUAGUAUCGAGGAAAUUUUGGAGAACGUUGACAAAAAUAAGCACCCGGCACCGGAGGACUGGCUAUACAAGGAAGCCAGGCAGCUGUUUCUGAAGCCUGAAGUGGUGGAUUGUUCCACAGUAGAGCUUAAGUGGAACGAGCCGGAUGAGGACGGGCUGCUGCGCUUCAUGUGUGAAGAAAAACAGUUCAAUGAGGACAGGAUCCGCAAUGGGUGUAAGAAGAUUGCAAAGAGUCGCCAAGGAAGCACACAGGGACGACUGGACUCCUUCUUCACAGUCACCGGGUCCCUGUCGUCCAAACGGAAGGAGCCUGAAGUAAAAGGGUCUGCUAAGAAGAAGCUGAAGACCGGAGCCACACCAGGAAAAUUUAAAAAAGGCAAAUGA